AAUCGCCUCCGGUGCUCGGAGCGGCGUGUCCGCUGUCAUCCCAGCCCCGGAGGGGGACUGGCUGGGCGCGGCGCGUCCUGGCCCGGACCGGGGCGAUGCAACAGCGGAGGCAGGCGCUGGACUUCGCGCUGGGCGGCGCGGCGGCGGCCGGGGCUUGUGUGCUGACCAACCCGCUGGAGGUGGUGAAGACACGGAUGCAGCUUCAGGGUGAGCUCCGCGCCCGGGGCUCCUACCCCCGGCUCUACCGCAACGCCUUCCACGCUCUGGUGCUGAUCGCCCGGGAGGACGGGCUGCUCGGGCUGCAGAAGGGGCUGGGGGCCGCCAUCCUUUACCAGGCGCUGAUGAACGGGGUCCGGCUCGGCGCCUACUCGCAGCUGGAGGCGCUGGGUUUCACCCGGGAUCAGGGCGGCAGAGUGAGCACCAGCUGCAGCAUCGCGGCCGGGGCAGCUGCCGGAGCCAUGGGCGCUGUGCUGGGUAGCCCUGCCUAUCUGGUAAAGACUCACCUUCAGGCCCAGUCAGCAGCUGUCAUCGCUGUGGGACACCAACAUAACCAUCAGGGAGUCACAACUGCCUUCUUGACAAUCUACAGACAACAAGGGAUUCUAGGCCUGUGGCGAGGGGUCAGUGCUGCUGUGCCAAGGGUGAUGGUUGGAUCUGCAGCACAGCUCGCUACAUUUGACUCUGCCAAGCAGUUAGUCAAGGAUCAGCAGUGGUUCAGCAAUGAUAGCUGGAUGGUCGGUUUGGCAGGAGGAAUGAUGAGCAGCAUUGCCGUGGUGAUCACUAUGACUCCCUUUGAUGUCAUCAGUACGAGACUCUACAACCAACCAGUCGAUGAGGUUGGCAAGGGUAGGCUUUAUAGAGGAUUCUGGGAUUGCUUGCUGAAGGUCUCGUGUAAGGAGGGAGUCCUAGGUCUAUACAAGGGAAUUGGACCUGCCUACUUUCGCUUGGGCCCACACACAGUUUUCAGUCUGCUGUUCUGGGAUGAGCUCAAGAAACUAGCCUAUCCUGACUACCGUGAGAAAAUCUGAGGCACCCGCUACAGAUACUGAGUGUCUAUGUCAAUGGGGCGAAGCCUCCAGUAGAAACAGGGGGAGUGUAUGGUCUCCAUCAACAUUGAGCCAGAGGAGUUGGCAGACCUGCCUGUUGAGUUUCCGAGGGUGACCAAGAAGAGAGUGUUUCCAUUCACAGGUCAGGAAGAAAAUCCAUUUUUCCUCAAAUUACACUGGAACCAUCUGAGUAAAGAUCCACUCCUUCCUACUGAUACUUUUCUCACUUCAUCAGCAACAAUUUGAUGGAAUGAGUGAUUGCUACAGAAAUUCAGAUAGGGCCCCAAGCCUGGUCACUGUCCGCAUCCUGUGGUAAUGAGGAAAUGAUGCCAACGGCAGUGGUGAGCCAUUUGGAAGAACGUUAUCACAUAGAUAGACCGAAUCAUAUACUGGUCUUGGAGUAACAUCAGAGACAAAGCAGGGACUAAAUUAUAAACCAUCACCUUGUAUUUAUCUGUUGAUCAGUCCCAUCACAUUCAGGUCCAUUUUGAAGCCUUGCUUUGGCCACUUAAUUCCCUCAGCCUCGCUGCUUGGUCCAGAUUCCUCUUUCUCCCACUAUGCAGCCUCAAAUUACUAAUUUUAUAAUUCCAAAGAAAAAUUAAUGUAAAAAUUGCUGAAUUUUCUCUGCUCCCUGACUCCUUUGAAUACAAAACCCACUUUGCAAUUUCCCACUGCCUUGCAGCUCUCUGUUUAACAGUCUACUUUUAUAAAAAAAAAACUUUCCAUUUGUUUGUGCCCACUGGGGAAGGUGGCGUAGUGUGAUACACAUUCUGUUAUAAGCACCCAGUGUCCACAUCAAGCAGUCCUGGGUCAGAUCCGUCUGCACUGUUUCUCAAACAUUGCCAUGUGGUCAAAAGCACAUAUUAGUUGUGUGUUAAUGGUCUCAACAAAACAUUAACAAUACUGGUUAAAUAUAGAGUAAAGCUCCUCUACAAAUCCUGAAAAUAUGUCCCUAUUUCAUAUUCAGAAAAAUCCUAAUGUGAAAAUUUAAUAUUUUGUACACUUUCUAACAGUUGCUGCUUUUAAUGGGAUUAUCAAAUUAGUGCUCAAACCCACCAAGGACUAGAUUGCAAUUGCCCCCAUCUCAUUUCAUAGAGGGUACAUGUAGGAACUUACAACCUGCCCAUCAGACUGGUUGUGAACAGCAUUCUCAAUGUGUAUUGCACAAAUGGAACCUGCAACAGAUAUCUGAAAUCAAGUUUUGCUUAGUUUUGUCUUUUUGACAUUCAGGAUACAUAAAACAUGCAAUGUCAGCAUCUUCAUGCAGUCUCAGAUCUGACACUUUGGUAACUUCUAUUUUUUGACUUCUGACUCAAAUGAACAAUUAAAGUGAGCCAUGGAUAGCAAUGGCUUUGCACACUUAUUCAUGAGCAACGUUUGACGAAAAGCAUUUUUUUUUGCUGAAGUAGCCUUACAACUGCAAUGUUAGACUUCUCAUAGUAAUGAUGUAGAACAAGGAACUGGACCAAACUAAGCCAAUAGAAUGGAACCUCCAAUACAUGUAUGGUGUUACUGACCUCUGAUCAAAACAGUCUAUUGAUUUUCUGUAAGGGAGAAACUGAGUUAAUUUAUAUUGUGUGUUAGCAUCUAGACUAUUUAAUUUCCCAAUGAAAGUGCCUUUCAUUGUAGUCUUCGUAUCCUAACACUGAAUUUUGUCACAUCCAAGAAAGCUGGAACUGCCCAUCACAAAUGCCUAAAGGAUCACUAGUCCUGCCCACACUGAGGAUCACUAACCUUGCCUACAUCGGGGAUCACUGUCCUCCUUGAGAUCACUGUGUGCCUUCCAAUGUGUUCCUGUAAUGCUGCAAAAAAGAAAAUUAAAAUAAGAAUUGUGAAUAA